UUGGCAGAUGCUUCUUGGAUGUACUGAAGAGUCACUUGUAGUCAGACAUUCCUUUCUGCCAGCAGCAACUAAUCGGAGUGGUGUGAACUUUCUCAUGAAGGGGACGUGGGAAAACUUAGAAAUCAGCUUUAACCAGCUUUGUUUUUCAGUAACUUUAAUGCUUAUUUGGGGUAGACUUCUCAUUGCUUUCUGCUAUUUUUAUGAAGCUUUUCAAAGUAUUCAGUCACAGCUGAAUGAGUUAUUCAGAUUUGCUUUUUGGUAGGCUGUGCAGGGAGAAGGAAGGCAUGGAUGGGAUGAGAUGAUGACAGUUUUGUUCCCAGCAAAAAUAAUUUUUACAGGUGGUAAUUCAGACACAUAAGCACAUCAGACUUGCUUAGUUCCAGUUAUACCACAUUAUGUAUUCUACUUCAGUAAAAUAGUUGAUUAGUGUGAUUUACUGCAAUUCUCUGUCCUAAGAAAGGGUUGUAGGGAAAAUGCAGUAUUGUGUUAAUAGUUUGAAGAAUUAGGAGCUUCAGUUUUCUGCUUGAUAAUAGAUGUAUCUCGAUAGUGGAUGCUUUUUUUGCCUUUUUUUACUACCAGGUUUGAAAGGUGAAACCUUGAUGAUAAAACCUGAUCUGUGCCUGUGGGGCUAUUUAGGUGCUUCCAGGUUUGGUGAAACUCAAACUGAAGUGUAGCAUGGCCUCUGUAACAGGAUACAUUCUUUGGUGUUCAUGUGUGUUUCAAUAAUGCCAACUUUUUCAUCACUUCAGGAAUGGAAAGUGCCCAGAUUAUCGAUUUAAUGAUGCUUGUGAUAGAUGUGACAAAAGGGAUGCAGACACAGUCAGCAGAGUGCUUGGUAAUUGGGCAAAUUGCCUGCCAGAAGAUGGUGGUAGUCCUGAACAAAAUAGAUCUCCUUCCAGAGGGGAAGAGACAGAGUGCCAUUGAGAAGAUGACUAAGAAAAUGCAGAAGACCUUGGAAAAUACCAAAUUCUCAGGGUGUCCUAUUGUUGCUGUUGCAGCAAAGCCUGGUGGACCAGAAGCCCCAGAGUCUGAGAAUCCACAGGGUAUUUCUGAAUUAAUCGAGGUCUUGAAGUCUCAGGCUUACCUGCCAUCAAGAGACCCCUCAGGACACUUCCUUAUGGCAGUUGACCACUGUUUCUCUAUCAAGGGUCAAGGCACAGUGAUGACAGGGACCAUUCUUUCUGGCUCUGUUAGCCUUGGUGACAAUGUGGAGAUUCCUGCCCUGAAGGUGACAAAGAAGGUCAAGUCCAUGCAGAUGUUCCAUACUCCUGUGACUUAUGCAAUGCAGGGUGACAGAGUAGGUGUCUGUGUGACCCAGUUUGAUCCCAAGCUGCUGGAACGAGGCCUGAUUUGCACCCCAGAUUCACUUCACACCAUCCACGCUGCCAUCAUUUCCCUGAAGAAAAUUCAGUAUUUUCGAGGAGCUCUUCACACUAAGGCCAAGUUCCACAUCACAGUCGGUCAUGAGACAGUUAUGGGAAGAGUGAUGUUUUUCAGUCCAGCCCCUGCUAACUUCAAUGAAGAAAUUCAAGAAAAUGUGUUUGAUUUUGAAAAAGAUUAUCUUUAUCAAGAGCAAUAUUUGUCCAAGGACUCAGUUUCUUCAGAGGAGAACAAAGAAAAUGACCAGGCAGGAGAAGUGCAGCUCCCAAAACAGCAGUGGGCUUUGCUGGAGUUUGAAAAACCAGUCACUUGUCCUAAACUGUGCCUUGUGAUUGGCUCUAAGCUGGAUACAGAUAUUCAUGCCAAUACCUGCAGGCUGGCAUUCCAUGGGGUACUGCUCCAAGGCAUGGAAGACAAGAACUACACAGAGACUUUCCUUCCAAAGCUGAAAGUCUACAAACAGAAGCACAAAGAAGGACAAGUGGAAAGGGUGAUGGAUGAUUACAGUGUGAUUGGUCGUUCAUUGUUCAAAAAGGAAACAAACAUCCAGAUUUUUGUGGGUCUGAAGGUGAAACUGUCUACAGGAGAAGAUGGAAUAAUAGAUGGUGGUUUUGGACAAAGUGGUAAAUUCAAAAUCCGAAUUCCAGAUGGGCUGAAGCCAGAUACCAAGAUGCUGCUAACUGCUGCCUCCAAGAAGAAAUCUAAGGGAGGGAAGGGGGAUGUGACCAAAGAGGAUGAAAGCAGCAAGAAUGAUUCAGCCCAACCUGUUACUAUCUCACUUAUCUUUAAAAGAUAUGUUUUUGACACACAGAAGAAAAUGAUUCAGUCCUGAGGAAACAAGAGAGGCCUCUGAUUUCACCUUAAAGUCCAGACCCUGAAAUGCAUUGAGGUGUAAUGUGUUUCUUGUUCAAACACAUUAGACCUGUUCCUUCCUCACAAACAGAGCCUGGAAGCUUUUCCUGACUGUGCCCCCUUCCAAAAUCUCUGCAAUCUCAGAUUGUUCUGUUCAAAUUUGCUUAUUUUGUAAUUUCUGUGGUGUGCAUCUUUAUGGCAUCUCAGAGAAUCUCACCUGCCAGAUGAGCAGCCCUGGGUGUACGUUCUAAUUGCACUGUUUUCCUGGAUAACUGUGUUGAAGUUUCUCUUGAUUUAGAAGUUUGGGUGUGAUUUCAUGUGACCCACAAAGUGAAGCUGAUUAUUCUAGGCUUACUUCUUUGAGCAGAGUGGGAGAUAGAAGGCAUACUAUUUAAUAGGUGAAAGCUAAAAUGGAUGUUUCACAUUCCUUCAGUUGCAACUGUGUAAGAUGCUAUCUGAGAGAUGGUAUGGAUGUUUUUUAUAAAUACAGUUUAUAUCUAGAAAUGUUUUCCAUAUUAAACAUAAUGAUCUGUGUAGCUGAGAGUCUUAAUUGUUCUGUUUGCUGUUCCAAAGGUUCCAAAUUUAUCUUCAGUGACAUUUUAUGUAACUUUUUUUAUUUUCCUGCCUGUUCUGCAAUGAAUCCUAUUCCAAAACUGUUUUCAUUUUCUUUUUCCUUUUUUGUUUUUUUGUAACCAAAAUGCCUUUUGUGUGUGAAAGAAAAAGUUGCCUCUGGAAAUAGUCAAGGGCUUUAUUUCAUUAAAAUAAUGAUAGAAGAUUGCUGCAUAAGCCUUGUAAAAUGAGUGUCUCCAAGAUGCUUUAGAAACCAUUAGUUUUUAAUAGGGAUUUCAUGGCUGCUUUAGUUCUUUCUCUCAAUUUCAUGUCCUAGGCUCAUAAAAAGGAGAGCACUGGUAAUAUCCCUUCUUUGUUGCAUACAAAGUAUAGGACACCUUAACAUGAAAACUAACAGCAAUUCCACAGGUAUGAAAGCUGCAGUCUGGAACAGAAAUUGAACUCGGGCUUGGCAGCAUGGCAAAUGUUGGUUUCUGCCUUUUGAACAAAAAGAUUACCUGCUUGUUGAUGCUGAAUAGCAGCCUGUGACCCCUUUGCUGAAGUCAGCUAUAGAUGGUGAUCAUUUGUAAAUGUAAGUGCAUGUUGCACAUGGAGGUAAAUAAUUGCUGCAUUCAUUCUUAUUAAUCAUAUUAUUAUAUCCCUCGAUGGGCAUGAGUCCAUCAUGUUAACAUGAUCCUGAUUUUUUUUUCCAGUCUUACCCUUUUAAUUUCUAGGUAGCCAAAGUGGCUACAAAUGGCAAAGUUAUCAUCUGUUGAGAGGAUAUUUACAGCUGGACAGCUGUGAGACAGGGCAAGCCUGGUGUCUAAACUAGGCUGAUGGUCCCCCUUUAAAUCAGAACAGAAUUAGUGCUUUGUGUAAUAAUCCCAAACAGUUUCUGCUGAGUGAGUCCCAGCAAAGCUUUAGCACAUCCCUUAAGAUUAUGGGGUAUGCUUUCAGUGUGAUCCCAGAGGAAUUAGGCAGGCAACUUCAGCUAUUGGCUUAACGGAACUUGUGCUGCCAGCCUUGCUGGAAAAUGUAUCCUUCUGUAAUGGAAAAAAUGCAUUUCACACCCCUGUCACCUCUCCUUCCCCAUUUCUCUCUUCU